AUGCCCGCCGUCCAGACCCGGUCCGCCUGCUGCGGCGGUGGAUGCGGCGGCAAGCGUGUCGAGCGCCCGAGGGGCCCGACGACAGCCUACAUUGCCCUCGGCAGCAAUCUCGGCGACCGCGUCGGCUGGAUCGAGAAGGCCUGCGCCGAGAUGGACCGUCGAGGCAUCAAAGUGAAGCGUACAAGCAGCCUCUGGGAGACGGAGCCUAUGUAUGUAUUAGACCAGGAUAGAUUCGUCAACGGCGCAUGCGAGGUUGUGACCGACCUGGAACCCCUGGCCCUUCUUGAUGAACUGCAGGACAUUGAGCGCACUCUGGGUCGCCAAAAGCUGAUCGACAAGGGCCCGCGAAAUAUUGAUCUUGACAUCCUCAUGUAUGGCGAUGAGAAAAUUGAGCAUCCGCGUCUCAAUGUUCCCCACAUCGGUAUCCCUGAGCGGGAGUUUGUCCUGCGACCUCUCGCAGAACUCAUCCCUCAUAAGCCCCUCUACGCAUCAAAUCCCUGGAAACUCACCCUCGACUACCUCAAUGAGCUGCCACCUGCAGCAGCACCCCUUUCGCCCUUGACUCCCAUCUCCGCCGGCCAACAAGCCCUUGUGACACUCACGCCUACCCGCAAAACUCAUGUCAUGGCAAUCAUCAACGCCACCCCAGACUCCUUCUCUGACGGCGGGGUCCACACUCCUGACAACCUCAUCUCAACACUGCAAUCCUUUGCGAAAGCCGGCGCCACCAUGAUCGACAUUGGCGGCGCCUCCACGUCUCCGGGUCGGCCCGACGUCUCGGCCGAGGAAGAGAUAUCCCGUGUUCUCCCUGUCAUCAAGCUCGUCCGCAGCCUCCCCGAGCUAUCCCACCUUGCCGUCAGCGUAGACACGUGGCGCGCUUCUGUUGCCGAAGCCGCCGUUGCUGCCGGUGCCGACAUUAUCAACGACGUCUCGGCCGGCCAGCUCGACCCGGACAUGCUGCCCUAUAUGGCACGCAGUAAUCGUACCGUGUGUCUCAUGCAUAUGCGCGGCACGCCACGGACCAUGCAAUCUCUGACGGACUACCCUGACGGGAUCAUUCCUACCAUGGCUCGCGAGCUGCUCGACCGAGUCGCUGAAGCCGAGGCCGCCGGAGUGCGCCGCUGGCGCAUCAUUCUCGAUCCCGGCUUGGGUUUUGCGAAGACGGCCCCUCAGAACCUCGAGAUCCUGCGCCAUAUGGACGAGCUUCGCUCUUGGCCUGGUCUCGAGGGUCUGCCGUGGCUGAUUGGCUCCAGCCGCAAGACCUUCAUCGGCAAGGUCCUUGGAGUUGUGAGUCCUCAGGAGCGUAUCUGGGGUACGGCGGCCACCGUCGUAUCGGCGGUUCAGGGCGGCGCGGAUAUUGUGAGAGUCCACGAUGCCGUUGAGAUGUGUCAGGUGGCCAAGAUGGCGGACGCCAUUUACAGGCAGUGA